AUGUAUAGGGGUCCAUCAUGUAUGAGGCUGUCUAAACCGUUGAUUGCUGCAGUCAGUGGGUACGCUGUGGCCGGGGGUCUGGAGCUCACCGUGCUGGCUGACCUCAGAGUCAUGGAGGAGAGCCCCAUCAUGGGCAUUUUCUGCUGCAGAUUUGAUGUGCCAUUGAUUGAUGGGGGGGAGAUCAGUGGUCUUUCAUUGACUCUAGACCUCAUUUUGACCAGCAGACCAGUGAAAGCACAGGAGGCUUUGACAUUUGGGCUGGGAAACAGAGUCGUGCCUGACGGCCAAGCAUGUGAGGGUUUACGUCUCUUAUUCACCCACAGUAUUUCCCAUGAGGAUGUCACAUUAAAUUACUGUAAUGUAGCAGCGGUUCACACAAUCAUUGUCAGGUUAGAGGAGAUGAGCUCAGAGCUGCACAGAGAUAGAGUUAAAGUGAAGCACUCCAGUUUCAAAGUGAGAGUCACUCGAGUGGAGUUUCCACAGGAGGUAUGCAGUGAGGCCAGGGCUUUUAUGUGCUGGAAAGAAGGACUAAAUGAGUCUAUAUUGUAUCAGCUGUGA